UGCACUCCGCCGCUGUGCUUCGCCAGGUUUCUCGACUGUUUGGUGCGUUUGAUUACUUGAUGUUCCACGGCUAAAGCGUGAGCAACUGUGUACUGUGUGGAUUAUGAACCGCCGCCCGAGUCCCCGUCUGCUCAGCUGUCGUGGUAUGGUGUUUUUCGCGCUGCUGCUUCUGUAGUGCUAUCGGCUUUUUCCACGGCGGGGGUAGUGAAGCAUUUCGUGAGAAAGAUGGUGAAGAGGUCCGAUGGUACAGAUCCACCUAUAUUAGAAGAACAAGAACCGACUCCGUCAGACAAGCCGAAGACACUAGUGAAAUAUGGCGAGCUUGUCAUCCUCGGGUACAACGGUUUCCUUCCGCCUGGCGACCGCGGGCGCCGACGCAGUAAGUUCGUGUUGUACAAGAGACCCACCCCGAGCGGCGUCAAGCGCUCCAAACAUUACGUCGUCACGACGCCUCAUUCAUCAAAGGCUAUACUCGAUACGAAGCAGCAUUCAAUCUCAUACACCUUGUCGAGAAACCAAGCAGUCAUAGUAGAAUACAUGCCUGAUGAAGAAACAGACAUGUUCCAGAUUGGGCGAUCAUCCGAGUCACCAAUCGACUUUGUUGUAAUGGAUACUGUGGCAGGUGAGAAGACACGUGACAGCAAGAUGGAGCAGAGCACCAUCUCGCGGUUUGCUUGUCGCAUACUUGCCGACCGAGCAAACCCACGCAUUGCACGUAUUUAUGCUGCUGGCUUUGAUGGUUCCUGUAACAUCUUCCUUGGUGAAAAGGCCACCAAAUGGCAGGAUGGACGGGAGAUUGAUGGUCUUACAACAAAUGGUAUUCUCAUCUGGCACCCACGUGGUGCCUUCUGUGGUGGUGAGGCAAAGAUGGGCAUAUGGCGAGAAGUGUCUGUUGGAGGUGGCAUCUACUCUCUAAGGCACUCACGGUCUGCACAGCAAAAAGGAGAGCCAGUUGAAGAUGAAAGUAAUGUGCUACAGGAUGGUACAUUAAUUGACCUUUGUGGUGCCACAUUGCUGUGGCGUUCAGCAGAAGGUCUUUCUAAAUCGCCUACAAAAUCGCACUUGGAGAAAAUGGUUGAUGACUUAAAUGCCGGGCGACCCCAAUGUCCAGUUGGACUAAACACACUUGUCAUACCACGAAGAGUGACUGUGACAAUGAAUGAAUCUGGAGCUGUAAAUGAAAACCAGCAACCAUAUGUGUACCUGAACUGUGGCCAUGUCCAGGGUCAUCACGAUUGGGGACAAGAGGACGAUUCUGAAGCUCGUCGCUGUCCAAUAUGUCUUGAGACUGGUCCUAUUGUGAAGCUGUGCAUGGGAAUUGAACCAGCAUUUUAUGUGGACUCGGGCCCACCAACUUUUGCAUUCAAUCCUUGUGGGCAUAUGGCCACUGAGAAAACAGUCAAGUACUGGGCAUCAGUUCUCAUACCACAUGGGACAAACAGUUUUGAAGCUGUAUGUCCUUUCUGUGCAACACUUCUGGCUGGACAACCAGGAUAUGUACGCCUUAUUUUUCAGGACAAUGUUGAUUGAAAAGUGCAGCUUAGAGAUAUUUCAGUUGCCAAAAUGAACAAAGUGGCCUUCUGGAUCCAAGAGGCUUGUCUGUAUUGUUAAAAAAAAAGUGUAUGUGAAGACACUGUGGUUUUCAAAGAAUUUUUAUUUAUAUUUUAUUUGUUUUAGCCCCAAAUGAGUGAUUUUUAAACUUUUGAGUUUUCUGCUGGAAAGUGACUGGAUUAAAAACUGUCAAACCAUUGUAACUGAAAAACAGUUGUCAGGUGUCUCGUGCAUAGUCAAAUCGACAGUAAUUAUUAUUAGGUGAAAAUGAAGAUUAUUUAUAAUUACUGCAUUACUUGUAAGUUAUCAACUGCUCACUGCAUUAACUCGCAAACUGUGCAUAUAUUACUCCAUUAAUACUCAAUCUGGAGCAGCCUUGGCUCUAAUGGGACUGAAAGUAAUAUGUACAAGUGAGCAGUUAAAAACUAAAUCAGUGAGUCUCAAAAUAGUGUGUGAAACUGAAAUGCUGCCCAAGAGAUAACUGGAUUGUGUAUAGAUAUUUUGUGUCACAACACAAACUAUGCAGUGUGUGUCCAAAUAUCCUGAAAUGUGCUGUUAAGUUUGAUAACUGCCGUUUGAAACGAAUGGUGGUGUUCCAGCUAAUAUGUUCAAUCAUGUCACUGAAAUUGUAUACACAUUUGAGUUGCUGUUCAGACCAACAUGGCCUGUUUGGUGAAACUAGUUUGUCUUAAUCUCAUUUUUUUAAAUUGUAUGUGUGUGAACAAUUAUAUCUUGUAAAUUUUUAUUGUAUCUGUGUUACAUUAUUGUGUUGAGCAUUAUUUUAAAAUGCUGCUUUGAAAGAA